UCGACUUGUAUUGUUGCUAUAUUAUAGUGAUGGGGAUGUUAGGAUUGCGAAGCGUAUUAUUUGCUGUUGUGGUUCACAUUCUAGUAAUAUCAGCUGCUGCUGACAUUAAGAAUUUGAAGAUAUGGCCAAUGCCAUUAUCGGUUAGCUAUGGACAUAGGAAUCUUCAACUUAGUAAUGAGUUUGUGCUCAAGACUGAAGGCAGCAAGUACCCUGAUGCCUCUGGAAUUCUCAAGGAAAGUUUUUCAAGGUUACUUGAUGUCAUAAAGGUAGCUCAUGUCGUUGACGCCAACUUCUCAUAUGACGGUCCUUCUCCGGUGCUAAAGGGAAUCCAAGUGAUCGUCCUUUCUCCAAGCGAUGAGCUGCAGUACGGUGUUGAUGAAUCCUACAACUUAACCAUACCAGAAAAAGGAAACCCAGCCUUUGCAUAUUUGACGGCAAAAACAGUUUAUGGUGCUUUGCAUGGUUUUCAGACAUUUAGUCAAGCAUGCCAUUUUAACCUUACAACCAGAUCAAUUGAAGUUCAUCAAGUUCCAUGGACCAUUGUUGAUCGGCCAAGAUUUUCUUAUCGAGGGCUUUUAAUUGACACUUCCCGUCACUAUCUGCCGUUGCCUGUGAUAUUGAAGGUCAUUGAUUCGAUGGCUUAUGCAAAACUGAAUGUGCUUCACUGGCACAUUGUAGAUACACAAUCAUUCCCACUCGAGAUACCUUCAUUUCCGAAACUGUGGAAUGGUGCUUACUCAAGUUCAGAGAGGUAUACCGUAGCUGAUGCUUCCGAGAUUGUGAGUUGCAGAUAUGCAGGAAGGCGUGGAAUCAAUGUAUUAGCUGAAUUAGACGUUCCAGGACAUGCUAAAUCUUGGGGUAUUGGUUAUCCUUCUUUAUGGCCGUCCAAAAACUGUCAAGAACCACUUGAUGUGAGCAGUGAUUUCACUUUCAAAUUAAUAGAUGGGAUUCUCUCAGAUUUUAGCAAGAUAUUUAAGUACAAAUUUGUUCAUCUAGGAGGUGAUGAAGUGGAUACAAGUUGCUGGACGUUAACUCCUCGUAUAAGCAAGUGGUUGAAGCAACACCGGUUGAAUGGAACCAGUGCUUAUGAGUACUUUGUCUUGCGAGCACAGAAGAUAGCUUUAUCCCAUGGAUACGAAAUUAUCAACUGGGAAGAGACAUUCAAUAAUUUUGGAAAUAAGUUGAGCCCAAAAACAAUAGUACACAACUGGCUCGGGGGCGGUGUUGCUCAGCAAGUAACUGCAGCUGGAUUGCGGUGCAUUGUUAGCAACCAGGACAAGUGGUAUUUGGACCAUAUUGAUACCACAUGGCAGGAUUUCUAUUCAAAUGAGCCACUAACUAAUAUUACAAAGCCUGAACAACAACGGCUGGUUAUCGGGGGUGAAAUUUGUAUGUGGGGUGAGCAUAUUGAUGGAUCAAACAUUGAAACAACCAUAUGGCCUCGUGCAGCAGCAGCUGCAGAGAGGCUGUGGACCGCUUAUGACAACAUUGCCAAGAAUCCAGAACAAGCUGCUCGCAGGUUGGCGUAUUUCAGAUGCCUAUUGAAUCAAAGAGGAGUGGCUUCUGGUCCAUUAACCGGAGGCGGGCGAGCUGCCCCAGAUGAACCAGGUUCUUGCUAUGAGCAAUAGUUACCUCAAGUGUUCUAUUUGCUCUCAUUCUUUCAUCAAUCCUUCUAAGAAUAAAUUUAAAUGAUAUAUAUAAAUGCAUUAGAAGUUGUCGAUAUCCAUUGUAAGGCAACACUCUCUGUUGUAAUUCUUUCGAAGGAAUAUGGAAGUUAUAUCAGCCUUAUU